CUCCAUCACCGGCCUCUUUCCGAGCUCUGUAUCUAUCUCGCGCCUCAGUGGAUAAUUAUCCGAGGCAGGAUAACCGAAUCGUGUAAUUUUAAUCCCUCUUUCUCAAUAUUUUCAUCGUACCAAGCUCAACACCUAAGCCUUCUGUAGAUCAAUAAUGGCGCCCUCCAUUCCCACCUUCGACAACCUCACCCUCGACCCGAACGGGCCUCCAGGCAACGCAUGGGGCCUCUUCGGUCCUGGAAAUGAGCUAGGCAUGCUCAACCUGCUCACCCCAGAGCUUGUUCGUAGAGCGGCCUCCGAGGAAAUACGCGACGGUGUUCGAAUCUCACUUGAUCUUCCGUUGAAUCGGGUGCCGUACCCCAGCUUUGGCCGGAAUCCCUUCAAGCAGGAGCUCAUCAACAAGGCGCCAAGGAUCGUCAAUGAUGAUGUCUUGACGUUUAACACGCAGACAAGUACGCAGUGGGAUGGGUUUCGGCACUAUGGAAACCAAACGCACGGGGUUUACUUCAACGGGCAUUCGUUGGAUGAAUUGAAUCAGUCUAGGGUAAUUGGGAUUGACGCAUGGUCUAACACCGGCGGUGUAGUCGGCCGCGGAAUCCUAAUCGACUAUGCAACUUGGGCGAACAAGAACUCUAUCCCUUUGACACCCUUCAAAACAAGCACAAUACCCCUCUCUUCAAUCAUCCAGAUACUUCAGGAAACAAACCUCACCCCGCGCGCCGGAGACAUCCUCUUCAUCCGUACGGGAUUCACAGAGGCCUACAACAAACUCAGCCCCGACGAAGAGCAUGCUAUCGCUACUCGCCCCACGCCUGACUUUGCGGGGAUCGAGAACGGCGAGAAAACCCUGCGCUGGCUGUGGGCGAAUCAGUUUGCGGCUAUUGCGAGUGAUUGUCCGAGCUUUGAGCCUGCGCCAUUGGUGAGGGAGGGCACGCCGGCUGAGGUUACUCUGCAUCAGUGGUGUCUAAGUGGAUGGGGGAUGCCAAUUGGGGAAUAUUUUGAUUUAGAGGAGCUGGCAAGGUAUUGUAGGGAGAAGGGGAGGUGGAGCUUUUUCUUGUCGAGUGUGCCGCUUAAGGUAUGUUAUCCCUAUGAUCUCCAUUUUGUCAUAGUGGGAGUUGAUUGUUGAUGGUUGUUGUAUACCUAGGUUCCUGGGGGCGUGGCCAGUCCGCCGAAUGCGGUUGCUAUUCUCUAAGAAUUUAGCUUGCAAGAUAUUGAACUGGUGCUCUAAUUCUGAAUUACUAUCUAUUCCAGAUUUGAUUUAUCUGUCGCAAGUAUUAGUGUGUCUGUUG